AUUAUUUCUUUUUAGGUGAUGGUUGUCAUUGGAAGCAUAUCUCAACCAUUUCAAACUGAGAAAAAGACAUGUGUGAAAGAUGCGUCGACAUUGUGCUUGUUGAGAAUCAACAAAAUUCAAAGAUAUCUGGUUGAUAACAAUAUUGAUGGUUUUGUUGCUAUCAAUGGAAUUGACAGUCGUUACAAUCCUGACUGUAGGCAUUUCAUUAAUUUCAUCUUAUUUGGCUGCUCCAUGUAUAAAUCAGGGAGCUUCAGCAAAUACUUUGAAAUUGAUACAGAUGAAAUUGUGAUGCUCAUUAAGCCGUCUAAAGUCGAGCUUUAUGUCACUCACAAAGACAUGAAAAGCAUCCUUCCCUACCUAGCCAAAGUUCAUGAUCUUCAAAUUCACUGCCUUGAUGCCAACAUCUCUAGCGAUGAGAACAUAGUUGAGGACCAUAAAAUUUACUCCUUUAUCUCCAUGACUCAAGGUGUCAAUAAAAUUGCCAUUCCGUACUCCAAUGACUCUAAUGAGUUCGACCCAAUGGUUAUUGAAAAAUGGCCACUACUUCAAGCAUACGCUCUGGAAGACUAUGGCUCACAAGGAUUUUUCGGACUUACUCACUCGCUAAUACCACUCAACUUUGAAAAGCUCUCCGUGUUCAGUGACUUUGAUCUAGGAUCUCUAAAACAUCUGCUGAAAGAUACAAGCAUCUUGUUAAAUUUCCAGUGGAAUACUAUGAUAAUGAAUGUGUCCAAUAUGAUAAAAAGUGAAACUCUAGAUAACAGUUUGGAUAAGGCUAUUGAUCCUGUUGUGAGCUAUCUAGAGCAUGGCAACCAAACAAGUGAUAGUCAUGCUCAUGGUGCCACAGUUUUUGGAUUGGAAAAACAUGCGGUUACUAGAAAACCAUUCUUCAUUACUUGCUCUGUUAUAGAAUCUCCAAGUUCGCUGAGCUGUGGAAGAACUUACUUUAUACACGACAAUGUUGACUCCAGUGAUUUGGUCCUCCUUUCAUCAAUAUAUGAUGCCAUGGCUGCCACUACACAAAGAACUAUUCAACGCUUUUUAACCACACAAAACUCCUCAAAGCUACUUCAAUACUUCACUAAGAAGUUCACUGAAAAGCUCAGUACUUACAAAUAUCCUCAGCUUGUAAAUUUCAAAGCAAGCUCUGUAAAGAUUGAAGUGAGUCUAGAAGCUUUUGAUGUUAAAGGAAAUAAAGUGAGUUCAAACUCAAAGUCAAGCAUGAAAGUGUUUGGAGCAGCUGUUUCAAAUAUUGCUAGUUUGCAAAAUACUAAAGUUGUCUACAAACCAUUGGUAUUUCAAGACACAUUCUUUGAGUCUCACAUUAUCGUGAAAAAUGAUGACGUCUCUGCUGAUGACUCUGAGCUGCUGAUCGUUACAGACGUUAUUCCUACCUAUGUGCAAUGGAACCAUUUUGGAGCACAAAAUGCAGACUCUGUACCGUGCUCUCUGCUGUGCAACGAUGUUAACACUUAUGAAGCUAUGUUCAGAUUGGAGGACAACACCAUCAACAUAACAUCACCUUAUUCUACGCUUCUUCAAAUCAGAAUAAACGACUUGAAGGAGAUAAGAGUAAAGAAAACUGGAUCAAUCGCUGUCGCACUUUACCUUGAACAUGCCUCUAAUUGCUUACCUCCAUUCCUGAAGAGGUUCUGCUUGGUGUUCUGGCAACGAGGGAAAGGUGUGAGGUUCACAAAUGACACUUUGCUGCCUUUGUUUAGGGAGUACAAUAUACCAGAGUCUGCAGAAAAUUUACCUCCAGAUUUCCUGCUGAGAUACGAAAAUAUUGUGACUGUUAAAACCAGUGAUGUUGGCAACUUGGGAACUUCAGAUGAGGGCAGGAUGAUCGAGUCUUCUUAUCCCACUUACCCGUCAUUUGCACCUCACAUGAUGCUAAGUUCUCUGGGGAAUUUCACCUACAACCAACUUGAUGUCAAUCCAGCAAUGAAAUCUGAAACAGCAGAACCAUUCAUCUUCAUCACAUUGCUCGUUGGAAUACCUGGUAGCAACCAAGAGAAAAUCUGCUCCAUAGUAACAGAAGGAACUAAAGAAGACCACCAUUUCAUUGUACUGAGACAGCCACUUGGUUCUGAAGAGCUGUUCAGUGCUCACAACAUGCAAAAAGCUCUACAGAUGCUGAGCAAGAGGGGAAAUGAUCCGAUUCGAGUUAUUGUCAUUGUUUCUGCUUAUGUUGAAGUACCUGAGGUGGUUGCAGCUAUUGUCCAUCAUCCUGAUAAGUUUACCAGGCAAUCGUGUCAUGUUGCCUCCGUGAGCACUUGCAUUGACUUACGAAAUCUGUUUAUAAGCAACCGAACAUGUUUCCCAAAAAUAAUUGAGCAGUGUAGCGAGGGAUGGGUUAACAACAUCAUUGUUACCGGUUGUAUUCCUUCCAAACAGAAAGGUAAAGAUGAGAGAAUUAGUUUCUUGAAGACCCUGAACCCUUCGUGCAGCAUUAUUGAGGUUGUGGGAAACAACUACAUAGACAAAGAUAGCCUUGUAGAAAUGUGUACAGUUGAUGCAUUUGCUAAAUCUACCCUGCCAAUUUCAAGACAUUUUACUGCUCCAGGAUGGUAUUCCUUACAAUACAAACCAAAUCCUCCCUUCAUUCCCAUUACAUAUCUUACAGUCUCGUUCGGAGCUGAUCUCUGUAAAGCUCGCUUCAUGUCCCAUCUGAAGAGUCUCCACCAGAAGGAGGGACGAGUGUAUGUUGAUAGGUUGAUGAUGUCCGGCUCUAUAUUCUAUGUUGGAGGCAGAGCUAAGUUUACGGAGGAUAACAACCUUUACACCCUGGAGUGUACUCCAAGAAGUGAAACUAUUUCUCUCAAUACUUUCAACAAGCCCCUGCCUCCUGGCAGCAAGAAUUGUUUCAUUUUCACUGGCUACAAAAUAACUGAACAGCAGGUGAAGCAGUGGUUACAAGGCUGCGCUCCGAAACCUCCCGUAAAAAAAGAUAAAUACACUAAAUUUUCUUUGAGUUCAAAAGAAAAGGAAAUGCUAAAGUUGGAAGCAGCGAGAGAGAAACUUCCAGAAGGGUGGUUUUAUAAUGGCUCUCAUUACGUUUCCAUGAUGGAAGGAAAGAAGAUGGAACACCCACUGUUUGAUGAUAUUGUUGAAAGGUUCCUAAACAAGAGAAAUGAGGAGAUCGAACUUUUCAACCACAAAAUUGAUAACACUAAAGUGUCGUCGCUGUUCAAUGGAAGUUAAUUGUGUCGAGGUCCCGGUUGGGAUUAUUAUAACUGAUAUUAGUGAUGUUUGUGAUUUGUUUUGUGUGCUCGCUUUUUACAAAAUUAAGUUAUCAAAGUUUAGUUUGUUUUCCAAGUUUUGUCAAAGUUUUCAGUUGUCAGAGUUUUCAUUAUCAAG